AUGAGUUUCCGUGAUCGAGGGGGUGGAAACAGUUUCAUGAGAAAUUUGCCCUUCGGGCUAAAUUAUGAAGACGUUAAGACAUAUGACACUACUGAUGUGCCCAGCAUACCUUUGCCAGUGAAUAACCCCAUAACGGCUAGAGAGAGGUCUUUGGCUGUGAAUUACAUCAAAAUGGGUCAGACCAUGAAGGAUGGACCUUUUUACACAGGGUCAAUCUCAUUAACGAUGGAUAAUACGGAAGGUAAUAAGAAGGGCAAGAAGAAGACUAUGGUGGAAGAAGAAGGUAGAAAAGACGGGAUUGAACGAUAUUCAGAUAGGUUUCUGAAGAAGAGAAAGAUUGGUGCUUCUAUUGACGAUCAUCCAUUUCAUCUUGAAGUCUUCCCAAAAGAAUUGUACAGUAUUAUGGGUAUUAAUAAGAAGAAGCUUCUCAGUAUAUCAAUGUUUGACAACACUGAUAAUAUCUUCACUGGAGGUGCACAGGAUGAGAGUACAGCUAUGAAUAUGUUGGAGAAACUGAAAGCGCUGGCAGAAGAUGAAGAUGAAGAUGGUCAAAAGGAAGACCAGCCCAGAAAAGAAGACGAUGUGGUAGAUGAAGAUUUCGAAGACGACGAGGAUGACGAUGAUGAUUAUAAUGCUGAAAAGUAUUUCAACGACGGUGAUGAUGAAGAGUAUGGCGAUGAAGAUGAUUACGGUGAUGAGCCGGCUUUUUAG